AUGGCUCUCAAGACAACUGGAAUCACGUAUCCGCAAAUGUUCAAGGCAUUUUCGCCUCAGACAGACGGUAUCAGGUACCUUCAACGUGUCGCCUACUAUGCAAUGGUCCAGAUUGCUUGUGCCAGGAAGGCGAUUCACCCUGGCGCCUACAUGAAGAGGGCUGUGGAUGGUCAACCGUUCCGGUUGUACGUCUUGAAGAAGGAAAAUGACUUUGUGGGAAAACGUGUGCACGCAAAGUUGAUGGGAGCACUUGACGCCGUUGCGUUGGGAUACUUGAAGGAGCUGAUCAUGGUCAUCUCAAACAACGAGAAGGACUCGGAUGAUGCUCUUGAGGUGUUCACCAUGCGCUUUGUGUAUGGAGAUGAGCCACACUUGGAGUUUGUUGACAGCAACGGAUUACGUCUGGCGUCAUCGAUUCGUUUCCGUGGUGCAAAAUAUGCGGAGGCGGACUUCUUCAAAUUCUUGGACGACAUCACCAUUUUGUGUCACGUCAUGGACAAGCUGCCAAAGGAUGCUUAUUGUUCGCUUCGAUCGACCUACUAUAAUGAACUUGUGCCUGAAAAUUACGUGCCAAACGGCUGGUACGAUACAAAAACUUUGUACGACUUUGAUCAUCCAGAUGCUCUUGAUUCAUUCGCUGUUGGACAAAUGCAUGCUUCAGAUGCCGCUUUGUUUCUCUCUGUGAAAAGUUUCGCAAUUCACGACGAAGUCGAGAUUGGUGAAGCAAUGAAGCGUGCCAGAAAUGGACUCACAAACAACGAUUCGCUCAACAAGACUGUGACUUCUGAUGAAAGCAGCUUCUUUCAAGAGAAUUUCCAACACCACGCAUCGCCCAUCAUCUCUGGAUCGAUCAAUGGAGCCGCUUUGAAUCGCAAGGAGGACAAAACACUUGAAUCACAAAUUGACAAGAUGAUCAUCGAUGAACAAGUUGAGAAAGCCGCCAAUCGGCGCAGUGAGAGGACCAAGCAAAAGAACCUCGAGGCGCUGGCAUCGCAUUCUGAAGAGGAUGGAGGAAACGUCGGACCGAUCAAGAAAGGACGCAACACCAAGCUACGUGCUAAGGCUGAACCAAUCUUGGCGCGCCACAGAAACGCAAAGACCUAUCGUUUGGACAAAUCGACUCCUGGUGUUGCCACUCCUACAAGUCCAACUCAUUCCUACACCCGUUCC